AGGACAGAGCACACUGAGCUCCACACCAUGGCUCCCACUGUCACCAUGCUCCUCUUCGUGCUUCACAUCCUCACUGCUUUGGUGCUGCAGUCGGCCUCAGAACCAGUUCUCUCUGAGAGACGUCCACACCUCACUAGCUGUGCUUCCCCAGACAUGAUGACUUUCCGCUGCAGAUGGAAUGUUGGCCCUUUCCAGAAUCUCUCUGAUCCCAGAGCUCUCCGCUUAUUCUACUUUAGACAUGUACCCCCUCCUCUGUCUUCUAAAAAUUGGACUGAAUGUCCUCACUACAGCACUGAGACGCCAAACGAGUGCUUUUUCGAUCAGAACCACACCUCGAUCUGGACAUAUUACAACGUCCAGCUCCGCUCCAGGGAUGAGACCAUCCUCUAUGAUGAGAAGGGUUUCUUUGUUAAUGACAUUGUCCAACCGGAUCCUCCUGUCAGCCUGAACUGGACGCUGCUGAAUGUGAGUUUGACUGGCAUUCACUAUGACAUACUGUUGAGCUGGAAGCCUCCUCCAUCUUCAGAUGUGGAGACAGGGUGGAUGAAGCUGCAGUAUGAAGUUCAGCACCGAGACAACAGCUCCAGUGUGUGGGAAAUGGUUGACCCUGUUUCGAGUACACAGUGCUCCCUUUACGGGCUUCAAACUAACAUCAAUCAUGAGAUCCGUGUUCGGUGCAAAAUGCUCGGUGGGAAAGAGUUUGGAGAAUUCAGCGAAUCUGUCUUCAUUCACAUCCCAUCAAAAGUUUCAAGAUUCCCCGUUGUGGCUUUGCUCAUCUUUGGUGCCUUGUGUUUAGUGGGCAUCCUGAUGUUGGUUAUCAUAUCACAGCAAGAAAAGUGGAUGGUUAUCCUUUUGCCUCCUGUUCCUGGACCCAAAAUUAAAGGAAUUGACUCUGAACUACUCAAGAGUGGGAAGCUUAGGGAGUUGACAUCAAUCCUGGGCGGUCCUCCUGAUUUGAGGCCGGAGCUCUACAACUCCGACCCCUGGGUGGAAUUCAUCGAUCUGGACAUUGAAGAGCAAAGCGACAGAGUGACAGACCUGGACACUGACUGUCUCAUGAACCACCACCUGUCUUCUAACUGCUCCCCACUAUCACUUGGCUUCAGAGAUGACGAUUCAGGUCGCGCUAGCUGCUGCGAUCCAGAUCUCCCAUGCGACCCAGAACCAUCACCUUUCCUUCCUCUGGUCCCAAAUCUUGCCCUCAGUCAGGAGACAUUAUGUGCAGCAACCUCUGAGCCAAGCUCCCCCAUCCAAAGCUGCAACUCUGGGGAGCUUCCUUCAUUCGUCACGGGCAGAGACACUCUGUACACCCAGGUGACUGAGGUGAGGUCAUCGGGCAAGGUGUUGCUCUUACCUGAGGAACAGACCGAGAGGGAGAAAAUGUCUAGUAAAGAGAAGGAGGACGAAAUUGUGGUAGAGAAAGAGAAGAAAGAGUUUCAGCUCCUCGUGAUGAAUGCAGAUCACAGAGACUACACUUCAGAGCUCAAUGCAGGAAAAACAAGCCCAGAAUUAUCCACAGGGGACCUGACUGAACCCUGUAAAACAUUUCCAUCACCUCACCAUGAAUCAAACACCACCACGCCCCCACCAAUCCCUGCUCCUGUCUACACUGUGGUCGAAGGUGUUGAUAGACAGAACAGUCUCUUACUGUCACCAAAUUCAGCACCAGCCCCACAUCUGAUAAUUCCAAAGAACAUGCCGACACCAGACGGCUACCUGACCGCUGACCUUCUGGGAAGUAUCACGCCGUAAUUCAGUGUCUAAGUGUGCAAAUUAAAAAUCUGACUGUUGACUGCAUCCUUUGACAGAGUUUUGUAAAGGACCUGGACAAAAAAUGUGUUUUACUCUGAUUGUG